UAAAAAAGUUAAAGAUAUUUUUUUACGAAAAUAUACCCUUUCGUAAAAUUGUCUCUGAAUUCAAAAUGGAUGAAGAGAGACGGGAGCAAAGGAGGAGGCGAAUUUUGAGGAAUUCAGAGGACCGUUUGCGGAAAAUUGUAUCUGGACAGAGAAAAACAGAAGAACAGACAGAAUCUCACGAGGUACACAGAGACAGUGGUUCACCAUCAAGUCCCACUGGUUCAGCUGAUAAUGAUCCCCUCAACCAGACCGAAUCCACAAACCAUAAUAACAGUGCCAACUUGGACAGUAUUAUCCCUGACUUAAACAAUAGCAGAACUCAGGCAGAACCCCUGACAGAGAAGGCUACUGAAACAUCACAGCCUGGUGUCAGGCAGAGGAUAGGUACCAAGUCUUCAGAGCAAUCACAUUCUGUCGACUCUACUGAAUCAAGACUGCUCCAUUCAAAUGCAUAUGUAGAUGAUGGCUCUGAGACCACGUCUGAUGUCCAAGUACUAAAAAGCAAUAAAGAUGCAGCUCAAUUUCUGGGGAUUGCACGUUUUGUUGGGAGUCUACUCCUUGGUGUGGUGCUUAAUUUGAUGCUCCACAGCAUUGGUUUACUGAUGCAGUCAGUCAUCCUCCCUUUCAUACUGGUAGAAGCCACAGUGGUGUGGUAUCAAGUUACUCACAAACUGCACAAGACGGGUGUCCAAGGCAGUCUUCUGACUUCAGCACUGCUACUCAAUGGUAUAAAUAAAGACAUAAUUGACAAUUACAACACAACUAUGGCAAUAGUUACAAACAUUUUGGAGGACUUUGCUACAGUGAUGUUCAGUUUUGUUUUGAUACAGGCAGUGAGGAGUUGAAAUCUGACAUCUUUAUAAUUUAUGCAAGUCAUUUCUUUUUAACACCAGUCAAACUGGUCAGUCCAGAUAAAUUUGGG